AUGGCCGCCUCAAUUCAGCAGCCGGCGCUAAUUUACACCAGGGACGACGCGGUGGAAAUAUGGGACGAGGCCGACGACGCGUUGCCUUUUUUGUACCUUGACUUUGAGGACGAGGAGGACGAGGUUGGGGGGAGGGGGCAGGGAUCGUCCCUGGAGAGGCGUCUGCUUUGCUCCUCGGUGGUAGAGGAGGCGCCGGGGCCCAACGCCCACGACGAACCCGGGGUGUCGUACAACGAGGCCCAAGGGACCACUGCAGGCGGAGGCCGAAGAAGCAGGAGACCGUUUCGUUCUCACUUGCCGCCUCUGAGUGAGCCGUGGCGUUUUUGGCAGUUGAUUGUGGCUGCCUUGUGCUGCGUGGUGAUCUCCUCGUCCUACACGUAUAACCUUUACAAUGGGCGGUUGCAGUCCAAAUACAACUUUACACAGAAUCAAAUGACGACGAUGGCAACGAUUGGCGACAUGGUGGGGGUUCUCAUCUUACCUUUGGGGGCCCUUUACGACCGCUAUGGGACGCAACCCAUCUUUAUUGUCGCCUUGACGUUAUUUCCAUUUUCUGGCGUUUUAUAUGGUUUGACCUUCGCAGACGCCCUUAACGGCUCCAUUGCGGCAUUCGCCGUUUACGGUUGUAUGCAGUCGCUGGGGACCGCCUUGCUGGACGUGGGUGCCGUGAUGACGAUGCUCUCUAUAUUUCCUGCCGACAAGGGGGCAGUUGUGGCUGUCAUGAAAACUUUUUCUGGGAUGGGGUCUGCCAUUAUUGGCGCCAUUCACUUGGGUUUUUUCCCGGCUGACAACGACAGCGACACCAGUCGCUUUUUCUACUUUCUCGCGGUCCUGGGUAUGGUGGCUGCUUUUCUCGGCUUCCUCUUUGUGGAGGUACCGCCGUACAUUAUCAGAGGGAGCGAAGAGCAGGUUCUGACGGGGGCGCAGCGUAAGGAGCGGUAUCGUAUUCGGAGGCAGUUUUUAAGGCAGAAGGCCCCCGCAGCUCGGUUUGCCAUUGGUUUUGCGGUGGUGAUUAUAUUGACGUUUUUCCUUCCCAUUCAAGGCGCCCUCUCGGCCUAUAUGGAACUGACGAGGGUUCAUCAUGUUGUCUUUGCUUGCAUUUCCUUCGGCCUCUUGGCUUUUUACCCGAUCAUGGCACUGCCGUGGAAGGUGCUUGACCGGAAUCUGCCGCUACCGCAUGCAGGCAGCUUUUCAGGGCGGUCAAGUCACGUGGGCCGCUUCAGCCGCUUUAGCGUGGUGUCAAGGGAUACGAUGGACAGCAUGGCGUUGGUGCGGGAGAUGGACUACAUUGCCCCGCAGUAUCAAACAACGUUGAAGCAAAAUUUAAAGACAUUGCGGUUUUGGGCGCUGCUUUGGAUGGUUUUUUCCGCGGCGGGAACCCAAAUCGUGGUGAUGGGAAACAUGCGGUUCCUCUUCGGGGCUCUGGCGGGAAAGCCGCUGGACGACUCCUUUGUGGCGCUGCUGGUUGUGCUCAUUGGCGUUGGUAGCGGGCUGGGCCGUAUUUUGCUGAGCGGGCUGGAGGUGAUGACGCAAGGUCGACCCGCGGAGGAGCGCACUCCUGUCACCUUCACGUUAUUUGUCCCCUCCGUUCUCUCGGUGGUGGCGUUGGUGCUGCUGCUCGUGCUGCCAACACACGCGCUUCCUUUGCCCUGCUUUCUCAUGGCCCUCGUCAAUGGCUCCGCCGCCGCCGCAAUCGUGAUUGUCCUGCGCACCAUUUUUGCAGCGGAUGUUGCUAAACACUACAACUUCUGCUCCAUCGCCGGCAUCGCCUCCUCGCUGCUGAUGAACCGUAUGGUGUACGGCGAGUGGUACACGCGACAGGCGGAGAAGCAGGGCAGCACCUUGUGCUACGGCAAGCAGUGCGUCCUCAUGCCCCUCUUAGUUUGUCUGGGGGCGUGCCUCUCCUGUGUGCUCGCUGUGGCCUACAUUCAUUGGGACUAUUGCAGCUUUUGCCGCAAAAUGCUCGAGUUGCGGGCGGAGAAGCUCGCCAGCCAAGUUUCCCACGCGGCAAAUUAUUCUGCUGGCAAAGGGGUUGGCACAAGCCACGGUGAAGCUGGCGCGGCGUUGGGCGAAGCGCGAAAGGUGGCGGAAUCCACAGCGGGGACGUGA